UCUCUAUUUAUCUUAGAUCUACAAAUCUUAGUUUACAGUUCUGACUCAUUAUUCACUUUAUUGUGAAAUUAAUUUAUAAAAGAAGCAACAGCGAAUUGCCUGCAGGGAUUAAGGAUAUACUGACCUACAAGCUGAUAUGGCAGGAGAGGAAGUUACCCCAGGGCAAGCGUCUACGGAGCACACACCUGCACUGAACAUUUUGUGUCCAAUAUGCAACGAAUUUUUUAAGGAGAAUGAUGUCAUCAAUUCCACUACUUGCGGUCAUGUUUUCCACAAGAACUGCCUCACACGGUGGUUGAAUAGAUCAAGAACGUGCCCCCAGUGCCGAUCAGAGUGCUCCCAUGAUCAAAUCCAUAGGGUUUCCCUAAACUUCACAGCACCGGCGAGUAUGCCUGAGAAUGUCGACCCGGUUCCCAGGCCGCCCUAUGAAUGGGUGCCCAUUUACUUGGGCGACGACGACGACGAGGAUACUCCCCAAAUAAUAGAAGGUUCUGUGCAGUGUGGAACCGACGAGGACGGACAUCCCGCUUAUGUGGCACGUAUGACUUUCAACCGUGAUUUAUUGCCAGCGAGUUACAUACCGGAAAGAGGUGUCGCUUGCGGAUCGUAUGGAUGUCGCUCGUAUGCCCAAACCCAGGACGUGGAGGUCCUGGUGCUGAACAAUUGUGAUCAUAGUUGGGUGCCCGGCCAGAAUGGAAGUUAUCCGGUAGAAUCCCUAAGAACCGGCCACUCCGAAAUCGGUCACCCCACCUUUACUGGGCGUUGCAUCUACGAGGGCAUUCUGCGCCUGGGUAAGGUGCAUCCCUCCCAUUCUCUAAUGUAUUUGCCGCACCGCGACCUAGAAGUAAGCACCGACAACUACGAGGUCCUGGUGGUCAAGCCGCGCGAAUCUAACAACCACUAAACGAGGUCCCAUAUUUUAAGUAAAUCUAAAUAUCUAAUAUCUCUAAUCUAAAUAUUUUUUAAUCUGUUUUUAACAAUUC